UCAAGCCGAGUAUUUGUGCUUGUCGUCGUUUCCAUUCAGAAAUGCCAGACGGCGCUGCUGCCAAAUAAUGGCGCUGUCAUAUCGGAUAAGAAUAUUUCUAAUACAAGUUUUAUUUAUAUCCAUCAUUGAUCAAGUUUUGCCGGACAGGACGAGCCUGAAGAUAUAUCAGACCAUCCAGGCCGAUUUCUACUGUUUCCGAAGACUUAACGGAACGCACGAGUUCGGAUGUUCGUCUGAUAGGAGUGGGAACGUUGGUGUAAUUCACGUGGUGUCGACCGAAGAAGAUGUCCAAUUCAUUCUUGAUGAUGACAGCGGCAUCAAGUAUGUCGCUGCUCUUCGCUCGGAUUUCUUCAACAUGGGUAACAUGACAAAGCUCCAAGACUCCGGCCGAGUUACCGGUGUGAUUGUGCUAAGGAGCAGGCAUAACCUCCCGGAUGAAGGCUUUUCGCCGGACAGCACGUGUCCAAAUGAUGGCUUUGGCCUGUACAGUGGAAACAACCAGUACUCUAGCUGCAAGAAGGUGUCCUGGAACGCCAAGAAUCCGGGGACAGAUAUGUUCUUCACUCGCUGGAACUUUCCAAUCUUCUUAGUGGAUAACGAGACAAGUAUUGAUAUCAUCGUUAAUAAGUGUUUCAACGGGCACAACCUGCCCGACAAAGGCUCACACGAGCGCAAGUGGCCCCUUUGUGCAGCCCAGUUGAGAAGUCGGAUGAGUGCAGCCAAAGACAGUGUGACCUGCAUCAGGCGGAGUGAGAACUUGGUCACCAUGAACCCUCUGCGCUACUGUGAUCCUCUCACAGAUAGAAACGUUAUCUCUACACUCUACGCCACAACCACUGAAAAGGCUGUGAGCAACCGUUCUGUGGUGGUCGUCGGGGCAAGGCUCGACACCUUCUCGAUGUUCGAUGGCCUCGCACCCGGCGCUGACUCGUCAGUCUCCGGCUUUGUCACAUUGCUCAUAGCGGCCCAGAUGCUUAACCAACUCAAGGUGGCACAGAAACCAGAGUUUGAGAAGAAUAACGUCCUCUUUGUCUUGUUUAACGGAGAAGCCUUCGACUACAUUGGCUCUAGUCGAAUCGUGUACGACAUGGAAAAGGGCCAGUUCCCACUCGUCGGCCGGUCGGCAUCGGCCAAGGCGCAGCCAGCGAAUCUAGCCCUGCAGCACAUCUCUCACUUUGUGGAGCUUAGCCAAGUGGCGCCACUCGAAAAUUCCAGCACUGUUUACCUGCACACCGAUCCUGUCUCAACAGCCUCUGCUGAAGUGAACCAGACGGUAGGUGUUACUCCUUUGACAGAUGUUUACUGUUUUCACAUAUUUCUAAGCAGGGUUAGGAUAUACUACAACAGCUACCUCGACAGCUGGGAGAACCUGAACUCUACAGGAUUGGACUUGCAGGCAGUGGCCAAACACCUGACCAAAUUGGCUGCCGCCGUGGCAUCUGCUGUCUUUAAGGUCAUCACAGGCGAGGAGGCCAAGGUCCUCACCUUGGACAAGUUCAGGACGGUGGAACUCCUGGAGUGUUACGUUCUGAACGCUUCGUGUGCCCUGUUUGGUGAAGUCACAAACAAAGCCUCUGUGUCAGCAAUGAGUGACAAACCCUUCCCCCUGUAUGUGAGUGUGGAUCCAAACGGCCGCACAAUCAAUCCGUCCACUGUCCUGACCCGGCUAGUCAUGGCCUACCUUACGGGCGAGCACCUCAAGAAGGUCACCAAGGAGAACUGCACCCAGCUUGCCGAUUCAGACAGGCUUCACCAGUACACCUGGAUGGAUGGUCCAGAUGUCAACGAAACAGGAUUAUGUGUGCGAUCAACCACAAUGAUGACGCUGGCACGUUCUCCAGCGCACGAACUCAAAGACUGGAGCACGCGGGAGUACUCGACGUGGACUGAGAGCGUGUGGGAAGAGGCAUCACUGCAGGUGUUCCUCAUGCCCAGCUUCCGGCAAGAGGUGUCGGUCCUCGUCGGAGGCAUCGCCGUGUUCCUCAUCUCCCUGCUCACUGUGCACUGCGUGAAUCAGCAGGCCCUGGUGCUGUUCACGCCACGCGCCCUGGUGGGCAUCUAGGGAAGCGACACAAAUCACAUUGCUUUGGCCGACUGGACGAGCCACCAGGCAGGCGACGAUAGUGGCCAACUGCCGCCCCCCGCUGAGGUAUAGAGGCACGCAACCACCCCGGGACAGCCGUUAACGUGACACCCCCUCUUUGCUUGUUCUAUAAAGUUCGUUAACCACCCUUCUUUACUUUCUAGUUUGCGGUUUUUAAGCUGUGGUGCCGUUCUGACUUAGAAGUCUUCUCGUGUGAGAGGAUUACCUUGUGUGACUGCAUAGAACUGUGAAAACACUUCAGGGAAGUUCUCAUUGUUUAUAAAACCUUUUGCAAUAGGCGUUCUUUCUCGUCUAUGGGCCUGUAUCUGUUUUUGUAUGCGAAAGGAAGACGUACGAGACUCGGACACAGAAUGAACGAAAAGAACAACGAAAGUGUCGGCUAAUAUUAGCGGGAAGGUAGCGACACUGUAUGAUCUUUGAAUUAACAGUCUUCCUUUGUGUUGUCCCCUGUUAGUUCCCCUUUUGUACAUGCUCUGUAUACCCACUUUUUCAAAGCAUGAAUGCCUAUUCACUUUUUCGGCUUUCUGUUGUUUCUAAACACUGCAGUGCAGUUUGCUGCAUGUUAGGCUUCAUUUAUGUUACAAGUGAUUUGAAUGUAGUUUUGUGUGAGAAGAGAAGUUUUCCUGCAAUUUCUGCUUGCAUAGGUCCGGAGCAUAUGCCAAAAAAUAUAUAUUAUACACUGAGGGUUGAGAUGUGUGAAGUCAAGGAAUAACACUUGUAGCCAAAGUCGCAGUAUUACAGCACAGUCAUGUGGGAUGGUGCGUGCUCUGCAAGUUGUUUAGUUACUUGCAGUUGUGCACAGAAUAUCCCUUAAGAAACUGGAAUAUAAGUGUAGCCAUUCUACUAUGGGUUCUUUAGAAAGAAAGCUUUCCAUUUGAAGUGUGUCGGGUCCAUGAAUCAAAUCUGAUAAUCUCUGCUUUUUUCUUUUUGUAAUCAUCAUACUGAGAUGCCCAGGCAGUUAGCCAGUACUAGUUAUUACAGUCGCAAGUUGAUCAGUAGCUCAAAGCACAGAAAGCGAAGUCUCAUUUUUGGGGGCUUGCUUAGUCCUGCUCAUAAGGCUACGAUGAUCACUUGUACAUCAGAACUUUAAGUGUUUAUUAGUUUUAUUCGCUUAUAGAUUUCCCAUCUUUCAUUCUACACAGCCGAUUUCUCGUAAUCUAUUAGGUGACCCAUUUAUUGCAUGGACGUAGGAAGAAAGUAGGUCUAACAAUUAAUAUUGGAUUGAUGAUGUACCUGCAGUUGGAAAUACAGUACACUCUCAUAAAAUGGAACCUGAAGGGACCGGUAAAAUGUGUUCCAUUUAAGGGGGGACACUGCGCCUGAAAACUUUUUUUACAAUUCUUUACCAAUUUAAAUCAAACUCACUGAGUUUAUGUAUAUUUGUGCGCUGAUUUCAAAUAUGCAAUUUGUUUCCUAGUACAAUGUGUAGUUUUUGAAUUCCAUGUGCCAUUUCGGGAGCCCCAGUUUGCCUAAACUGAGAGAGUUACAAAGUAAUUAGGCACAUUAGAAUGACCUGGAAUGAGUACAGAGUGCAAGAAAACAAGAAUGGAUGUUCUAAGCCCAUUUGAACAAAAGUUGUGGCAUGUUGAAUAUUUGUGGCUGAAAUCCCAGCUUGGAGUAGACUAAUUUGGAAUGUUCAUCGUGCCAUAACUUUUGUUCAAAUGGGUUUAGAACAUCCAUUCUUGUUUUCUUGCACUCUGUACUCAUUGCAGGUCAUUCUGAUGUGCUUAAUUACUUUGUAACUCUCAGUUUAGGCAAACUGGGGCUCCCAAAAAGCAUAUGAAAUGUUUGAUAUUUUAAAAACUACAUGUUAUACUAGAAAAAUAAUUGCAUAUUUGAAAUCUGCACACAAAUAUGCAUAAACUCUGCAAGUUUCAUCUCAAUCGACAAAGAAUUAAAAAAAAAAUUUCAGGACCCAUGUCCCCCCUUAACAGUAGUUCUGUUUACUGAGAGAUGAACAGGGGUUCAGAAUUCAAGUAUGAAACCAAUCAUGUUGGAGGCAGUUGUUCCAUUUAAGCAGCAAUUUCCGUUUACUGAGAGUCUACUGUAAUGAAGUGCGAUUGCAUUGCAUGCCUUUUGGUUUUAGCCAGGAAUGAAGCACACCGAUGUUAUCUGACCUAAGUAAUAGUUAACUGAGCAGGGCUCAGUUCAUAUCUCGACUCGAGUUUGUCUCUCCCAUCAACAGUCAUAUUGAUUGCGCAGCUUGAGCUUUCCCUAAGAUAAGUAGAGCGAAUGCCGUAGCAUCUUCUGAUUGGUGCAUCUGUAAUGCUGGUAGAUUCUUGUAGCAAAGCACUGGCAGUUGUGGCCUCAUAACAGAAAGAAGCUAUGGAAAUGCAUCCACUGGUGCUGCACGUCUGAGUGCCUAUGUUUGCUUGGCUGGCACACCCGCCUUUAAAUAAAAAAAAUAGAAAAGCAGGUGCAAGUUGUCGGAUACAGAGUGAGUGUAAGUUUUACUUGACUGAGAAUGGUUCUUGCGAGUUCUUCGUCCUUACGUUCACGUUCUAGUGUCUAGUCGGCCCAAGAAACAGUAUUAAUAAACCAUGCUGCAUUUUAGAUACUUUUUCUAUUGCUUUAGUGACCUCUCUUAUAGCUCACACUGGUCUCUUGACAGCUUUUAUUCCAUUAGUAUGGUCCCUUGUGCAGCCAUUUUAGCGGGAUGCCGCAAAACCAUUUUCCUUCUUGCAGUGUCUCAUGUCACGCUGUGUGCUACAGACAAAAACUCCUUUCUUCUAAUUCAUAAUGUCCUACUGGGUGCCACAAGCAAUGCCGUUGUUUAGGCACUUGCUGUUUGUCCAUUGGGGGUUGCCAACGAAUGUGCCUGCAUCGGCGUGUGGGAGGCGGGAGAGGCCUUUAUUCCUGCCGUGUUUGGGCUCAAAGCUGCUGACCCAGCGCACCUCCUUGCACGCUUUGACAGCGAUCAGUUGUAGCAGCGUUUUGCUCCCAGAUUUGAUUUGUUGUUUUUGCAUUGUUUACUGUAUCAAGGCUAACUUUGAUACAGUAAACACGCAUGAAAUGAAUUACUGGAUCCACCAAAGUGAACCUGUAAUGUGUGCCGCUGAUAUCAGUCUGGUAAUGAAUACUUGCUAAAAAAUGUGUAAUGAAGCUAUUUUCAAGUUAGAUGCUACUUCGCUAUGAUGAGGUUAAGGUGUACUGCUACUUAAGCCACUUUUCGAAUUUGUCUCUGAGGAGCGAGGAGGAAAACAACAACUAGGAACUAUUCACGGGCUCAAAAUGAAGGAUGUCAUCUGUGAGCAAAGCUUGAAUGGUCAUUUCAACAUUUUGCACACCGCGUAACGAGUUCUUCGUUAGCCACUGCUGCUGCUGAUCGUUUCUCUGCGAGUGCGGGGGAACUGGGACAGAGAAAAAAAAGUGCCUUUGUCUGCCAAACUACUGUGAUUUGUGUGAAAAACUCUUUUGAAAUGCCAACAAGUUGCGACCGAGCGAACGAAGUUCAUUGUGUGAAGUCCAUUCCAAGAAAGCGUUGCAUCACUUGUGUAGGUGCAGUGAUCAUCACAAACUGUUCUCCAUCGAGGAGGCAUGUGUAAUUUUUCUUCUUUUAUCUAUUCUCAGGUGUGCAUUCUUUUAAGAAUGCAUCACACCUUUUCUGUUUUUCUAGGACAAGUGUGUGUGUGUGUGUGUUCAAUGCGAUGUAUAAAGUGUAUUAUAUUAUACACAAUAUUAAUUUUUUUUCUUCCAGAAGUGCAUAUGUGUAGUGUGAUGCAAAAGUGUGAUAUUUAUUGCAAGACCCCCUGCAUGUUAAGUGCUUAACAUAGUAGUAUACCAUGCAAGAAAUGGAAGUGAAGCGCAGCACUGUAAUUGAAGCAGCCAACAGUGUGUCUUCAGAAAAAGUGAAAAACACUUAAAAAGUUAAAUUUCAAGACAUGGUAUGCGAGACGUAAGUGAACGUGUCUUCAUUUGUUUAUAAACCUCUCCGCUUUCAUGUAGCUCGUAGCCUUUUGUCUUUUGUAGUCACAUUGUCGGCACAACCAUGUGCUUGUUGCUGAUGCGUGCAUGUGCUUAUUGCUGAUGCGUGCUUGUCCUAGAGUGUGUGUAAUAGUCUAGUCCCGGAAAAUUCACCUGUGACUCUACGUCUUAAAACAUUUCUUGUAAGGCUUGCAACUGUUGGUGGUUGCAGAUUUCUUCGUUGUUUACAGCAAAACUAUUCCGUAACAAACUCAAAGAAUGAGCUGAAAUUUGUGAAGUCCAUUACUUAUACUAUCCAUUAUCCACCCUCACAGCCAACAUGCCUAAAAGCAGGGUGUGAUCACUAAACAUUGUGCAAUGCGACGCUGAUGCUAAAGCCCACAGAGCACAUUUGACAACUGCACAAAAAUGAUUUUCUGCUGCAUCUUCGUCCCCGAGAUUACUGCGUUCUUAGCUGUGGACGUUUAUCCGUCUCUGACAUCGUCAGCUGUGCAGAAGAGGCAGUGCAGUGGGUCUUAUUAAUGCACAAAAUGAACAGUUUGCAGUGCAAUGCUGUUGCCUCCACAAAGUGCUAAUGAGCCUUUUGCAGUAACCAUGCAAGAUGGGGGCAUAAUUCAUAUUUUGUAACUAUAUAGUAUUUCAUUUACAGUUAUUACCAUAUAGUACCAGGUCUUGUCGCUUAUCCAAGUGGUAAGGGGAGUGGCCUCCUCUGAGCCAAUAAAAAAGGUUGGAUAGACGUGAAUUAUAACAGUACACUACCCCAAUGAGAAAGACCGCUUGGCUUCACAUGCACAGUUUUUUGUUGUGCCUGCAAAUGGCCACUGCAGAUUGCACUAAAUAUCUUAUUAAAGCCAUGUACUUCACGCAAAGCACUCAAUUUUUCACAUUUCUUCUUGGUGCUAAAUGGACGCACUAAAUGAACAAGGACAGAGGAAAAAGAAGAACACGAUGCUCCUCUGCCCUUGUCUGUUUAGCACUGUAGUUUUUCAGUUAUGAAUUACCGCUAACUCGCCCAAGUUUCUCUUCUGGUUACUAUGGUACGUGAUUAUAAACUUGAACCUCCAUUAAGGUACAGCAUAUUGGGUGCACAUAGCCAUAAGUGGGUGCAGUGGCAAGGUGACAGCAAUAGUGAUUGGGUUCUUGACAGUGCAGCUAGUUAGGCACAUUGUCAGGUAGCCAACUGCUUGCAGGAGUUUCAGGUUGUUCCAUCAGAUAAAGUAUCGGCAGCGUCUUGCGCCACCACGUUUCAGCCUGAUUGGGGCAAAAUGGUGAUAAAUCUUCAUUGUGAAGUAAAAUUGGCUUCCUGUAUGCAUAAGUUUCUGUGGAAGUUCAAGGAAAAUUACAAGAUUCCUUCGUUAUAUUUGGCAACCAAUUGUAAACAACUUUGUUAAACAUGGUUUCACUGUGUUCAGAGCCAUAGUCACAGCCGCAGUUCUGCAGUUUUGCUUUAGGGAAGUAAUGUUACUACCAUAUAUGUUUCUUUUCUACAUUACCAAGGCUAGUUGUUGUACUAGUGCUAUUAGCAAGUGAUUUUGACAAUGCUUGCUUUUUUCUGUGAGUGCAGAACCGAAGCAUACUUAAACACUGUGCAAAGCUGUAACGAUCUAGGUAGUCAGCACCAGAGGCAUAAGUUUCCUAUUUGCUCAGGAUAAGGGUUAAGGAAUCAAGCUGUACCAACUAUGAUAUAAGCGACAUAUGCAAAACAAAUUUGUCAUUGUUCUGUUCAAAAUUUGAAAGUGUGUUUACACAAGGUUCAUUCAGCAGUAUACUACAUGUCUAGAAUAAAAUGAUGCCGCUAAUUAGGGUUGCUAAUUAGCACAGGGGGGUGGGGGCAGGCCAGCCCCCGCUCCUUCUUAACCAACGCCUCUGUUCAGCACUGAACCAACAAUUGCUACACAAGUGCGAUUGUGCAGACUCCACUCGAUAAUGCUUGCACUUCAGAAAUAUGGACAGCGGACGAAAUCUGCUCUCACAGCAAGCUUAAAAUGAUAUCACUGCUGUGAAAUGCCAGGUGGUAGUCUUUGGCGGAUGAAACAGCAACCACAAAGUGCAUGGCUAGCUAUUUUUAUUGGCGGUGUAGUGGUGCACUCGCAUCAACACGCCUUGAGAAUCCACUGGUCAAAACUGAAAUGUAGCUGGCUUUUGCACUAAACUUCGGUAGCCACAAGUUGGGGUGAGCUGUAAAAGUCAUCAGGGCUUAUUGCUCCAGAGUGCUACCAGGAAAGGCGCACAUGUGCUCUGGGUGCGGCAAAAGAGAUUGAAUGCAGUUGCACUCUUGAAUGCAAUUCGUGUGCUCCCUUUUACAUUGGGAGCACACGAAUUACUGCAGCUGUUACUGCAGCAUGUGCUGCUGCAGUAACACACUAUCAAGGAGAACUCACCCUUACUGUUCAUGUUUACACGAUUCAACACGUUAAGAAAAGAUAAAUGGUUUCUCAGUCAAUUACUGGAAAUUGCUGGGAUGCAUUAGACAUAAGAUACUGACGAUGAGUCAUGCCAUGAGCAGUGACAAGGCUUGCUAAACGGAAUGCUAAAGCAAGAAGUGGUGAUGCAUUCACCGGUAAAUUUUCAUGCCGGCUGCUCUCAUGAUUUCAUAGAUAUCAGUAACGUCACUCCUCAGGGCUGCUGAAUUGUUUACCAAGAACAAAUGAUUGUACAUAAUGAAUAGGAAAAUGGAGAGAAAAUGUUAUCAUUUUCCUUUUUCUUACCUUUCUCGCACAAAAUGGAGCCCAAAUACACAAAGGUACUGUAACAUCUGAAUGUUGAAGUCAUCUGCUCGCAUGAAGUUCAAUAAAAAAACUUAGCCUUUGGACUGCUGUAAGUUUCAACUUGAACUAGCAGUGUACCAAUUUAUAAUAAUUUUGUUUCUACAUAAUAUCCCUCUGCAGUGUUUUGUGGCUGCGUGGCACACAACUUCAUGCACAGGAAUUGAUCUGCGCUUCGUGUAUGUUGUCUCUAUGCUAAGGCUCGUUGACACUGAAGGCAGAGCGGCCAAAGUGGCACAGCGGAUUUUCAAUGCGGCGAGGCGGCGAGUGCUUGUACCUGUUCAGACCGCAUGGCUCUCCUCGGAUGCCCGUGCGGCCGAGGAGGCGGGGCAUCUCGCACUUUUGUGGACGUGUCUCCAUCACGUGGCACUGUUUGUCCACCCUUGCCACCGGAGCCAUCUGCGCAGAUCUCGCGCCUUUUCCAGCUCAGCCCAAUGUUUACACCAGCGCCACCGCUGCAUGGUGUUCUGAUUGGCUGUGGCAAAGCAGAGACCUUCGGCGGGCAGAAAAAAUCGGUCCUCGAGGAUCCAGCUCACCGCCUUGUUUUCCGCCCGCUUUUGCCGCCUGGAGCGGAGGUUUCCUCCGCUUUCCCGCUCGUCCGCUUCGGUCGCCCCGCCUUCGGUGUGAUCACGAGCCUUAAGGAAACUAAAAACCUAAAUGUAGACAUAUUUCACAAUAUAUACUCUUUUGAGCAGCGUUUUUUUCAGGCUGCACAUAUAUAUGGGGACUUGCGACUAUGCUACAAGCUUUGUCAUGCCACAGCACAGAAGAGAGAUAACAAAAUAAAUGUAAUUGUAAUGGAGGAAGCACAAUUGCUUCUUUAGUGUGACCUGUACAGUAGGACCGGAAUAAUGCAGCAAUUCCACUUCCUUUUUCCUUUUUUCCAAUUUGUGAGCAGCCUGAGCAGCACUCUGGCUAUGUUGUUGAUAAGGGAAAAAAAAGUGAAAGGAAUAACUGCAUUUGGUUUUCUUAAAAGGCUCUUAGCAUUGGUGUCUUGUAUAUAGAAAGUGCAGGUUUGCCAGAGAUUCUAGAAGCGAUUUGUUGCGCUUGGCAACUUUUGCCUAUUGUUUGCCAUCGCAAUUGUGUACAAAAAAGCCCCCUUUAAUUCGUGGUAUUAGGUCAGGCAGGUCCUUUAACUGGGACAUCAUAUGAUACUGAUCUUUAUUAACCAGUUAUUUAGAUGAUGGAGCUACACAGCAUGUCAAUCCUGAAAUAAUGUUCAUGUGCACAUGAGAAAGCAUUGAGCCCCAAUGAGACUGCCUGCACAACUCUAGGUUCUAUUUGCGAUUUCAGGUGAUACAUGGUUAUCUUCACAAAAUUAAGCCACAGAAGAACCAGUAGCGGGGCAGGUUUAAUACAAUUGUUCUUCAUAAAUGGAGAAUGGGAUGCAGAGUAUGAGCAAUACAAAAAGACAUCACACUCACUUGAAACAAAUUUCUAUUUAAAUAAAAUGUCUAUAUGUUAACUACUCGAUCAGCCUAGUAAAAUUUAGUGAAACUAACGGAACUAAAGCAAGGAUCUUUGGAUAAUUGCCUUUUGCACAAAUCAUCUUGGGUGCAACGUGUAAAGAUGCACAGGUCUUUAAGAAUACGCGGUUCUUUGUGUUAUGUUAUGGGGGUGCACAUCAAUCAUUUUUAUAGUUAAACUGUACAUAAUUAUUACAUGCAGUUCAAUUGUACUCGUGCCCAUAAGAUAAAUCCAAUGAACGCUUAUAUGAGGACAGGUUGUUGGCUGGUAUAUAGGCACCUGUGAUGCAUCUAGCAAGAUAACGAGUAUUUUAUUAAAGACCACGGAACUUCUGACAGUAUUUCCAUUUUACGUACUUAAAUGAAUGAUAACGUGUAUAACGCUAUUUUAAGAACUUGGCUCUAGGAUGUGGCUGUAAACCACAGUGGUCUAGUGGUUAGAGGUGCUCGACUGCUGACCCGCAGGUAGUGGGAUCGAUCCCGGCCGCGGCGGCCGCAUUUUCGAUAGAGGCGAAAAUGGUUGAGGCCCGUGUGCUUAGAUUUAGUUACAUGUUAAAGAACCCCAAGUGGUCAAAAUUUCCAGAGCCCUCCACUACGGCAUCUCUCAUAAUCAUAUUGUGGUUUUGGGACGUUAAACCCCAACAAUUAUUAUAUUAUUAUUAUAGGAUGUGGCUGUGAAUGUGUGUAGUUCUCAAAAAGCAAGCCAUUAUUUGAGCUCGUACCACACAUUCAAUAUUUUCGGACUUUCAUUAAAGCACGCAAACUGCUGCAAGACUGAGAUAGCACAAUACACUUUUUACAACAAUGAAAGUAAGCAUUACUUUCAUCUAAUGUGGCAUGCUGUACAGUGAAACCGUUUUAUGUGAUUAUCGUGUCUGAGGUUUCCAGUUGAAAAACCUGCACCUUUCUGCUGAGCACCUUUUUUUUAUAAGAACAGCCUGUUUUUGUCCACAGUUGUACUUGCAAAUAUAGAGCGCAUUACAGCUGAAGUGUAUGAUUGUAUCUUUGUUUACGAGUGCAGGAGUGACUUGCAUGUGGCUUUACAUCUACUGUAUGAACAAUGCUUGUUGAACAAGCAUUGUUCACAAAUCGCAGUGCUGUUUUGCUCAUCUCGCUUUGUAUUAAACUCGCUUUAAAAA